UGCAGUGUCAGAGGGCAAACAGACGCCGGUGGCCGCCGCCGCCGCCAUGCAUGGUCCCGACGGAGAGGAGCAGGCGGAGUCGUGCCCGCGCAGCACCCUGCUAGACCAAAGCCGGAGGCACCGGACGGCGUUCACGCGCGAGCAGCUGUCCCGGUUGGAGCAAGAGUACGGCAAGGAGAGCUACGUCUCCAGGCCCCGCCGCUGCGAGCUGGCCACGGCGCUCAACUUACCGGAGACAACGAUAAAGGUGUGGUUUCAGAACAGAAGGAUGAAGGACAAACGGCAGAGACACUCCUUGCCCUGGCCUCACCCUCUUGUCGACCCACUGGGGGCGCUCCUUAUGGGCCGUGCCUCUCCUUCCUCCACCUUGCCAUAUCCCUUCAUCCCGCCCCACCUCCCACACCUUCCCCUUCACCACCACUACCCCAUGGCUCUCUCCUCACCAGUAUCCCCAGCUCACAGUCGCUACAGCGGACCAAUGAGAACCCUGGAUGCACUCCGACUCUCCCAGUACCACAGUAGACCAGGGGGGCUGCCUCCAACCACAGCAGCCCUCUACCCCUCCACUGGCAUCCUGCACCAUCCCGCAUCAUGUCCCUGCCCCCUGUGCCUGCACUGGGGGCCAGAACAACUGCUCAAAACCAGAGGGGAGCCACUGGGACUGAGCCAGCCACGUAGUCCCAAAUCCAACAUCCAGCCUGCUGGUCUGGAUCGGAGGGAAGAGAUGGUGUAACAACAGAUGGAUAAUCUCCAAGCCUGUCAAACUGCUGUCAAAUAAGCUGCUGGAAGGAAAAGUAGCAGUACAUUCACUGUGACUUCAAGUAACACUAUUUACAAGGUGGAGCACGCCAAGUCACAACAGCAAUCCACUCAAGAGUUCCACUAGCCACUGCAUAACUCUCAAUAACAGACGAGACUCACAAGCCCCUCAAAACAGGAACCAAAAACAUGCAAUUCAGAGUUUUUUUUAUCUAAAACAAUCACUUGAUGUUGCUCUUUAGCCAGCAGCAAAUGUAUAUAAGGUGACAAAUAUUUGCAAUGUAUUGGAAGGUAUGAAUGAAUACAAACCUUUUCAGUAGCAAGCUGUACAAAUUUGCCAAAUGCAGUUUCAUAUGGUGCAUGCUGCAUCCUAAAAAUGUUUUUCAGCCUGGUGUUAAGUGACUAAUUUAAGGGUCCUUUCAAAAAUUUAAAAAUAUGUUUUCCUCAUUCAUGCAUGGCUAUGUUUCUGUGUAGACUGUUUUGGUGAGUGUGGCAAGAUAUAUUGGCAGUAGAGAUGUCUGCUCUCAUUCCAGUAUAAUGGAAUUGGAAGUGCUCAAAGAUCCCAAAAAAUGCAUUUGAAAAACUCAUGGAAGGCUAGGUAACAAAGCUAACCUAGCUAACUAACAUCAAGGGACAACAUUAAUUUCUACAUCCUUUGAGUGCCAUCUAGUUCAAUUUUAUUGCAGGGAAGACAUCUGUACAACCAAUAUCUCCCAAACUCUGCAACUCACACUAAAACAACUGAGAUGAAUGAAAAGCACUGCAAGUAAGAAAAAAAAGUAUGUGUUUGGAUUUUGGGGUGAACUAUCCCUUUAAAAGUUUUUCAAUGACUCUAAAAUAGUUACUUUUUAGGAAUAAUUACGCUUUGUCUUUAGAAAGGGGAUUAAAAACAUACACUGUGGAACACGUCUCAGAAAAUAGUGUAUAGUUUAAUUUUUUGUUGCUUUUGUUCGAAAUUCACAAUGCCAGCUGUGCAGAAUAGUUUGAUCUUCAGAGUCAGUGAAGUCACUCUCUGUAAAAUUACAAUUGCACCAAGUGAAGAUUUAAUGUACAUUAUAUGGUUUUGAAGUUGGUUUCUAUUGUUUAGUCUGCUGUAACUCUAAAAAGACUACUGCUUUUAUUUAUUUGUACAACUUUAAAGUUUUAACUAGCAUUCAGCAACACAUGAGAAGAAAUCAGUACAGGCAUGGAGUCAUGAUGUGCUUAGCUUAGCAUAAAGACAGCUAGCCUGGCUCUGUCGGAAGUUUAAAAACACUCCCUCUAAAGCUCUUGUUUGUUGAAUCAGUUCAUUAUCAGAAAUGUUGUAAUUUUAGUUUGAAAUAUGUUUUGAUGCUAUUUCCUGAUGAACAAAAAUUUUUCCAUCUGCUCAGACCUUCUGUGUAGUGUCUCCAGUUAUGGCACGGGAUGCCAGAUUCAGUCACUGACCACUGGUUUUUGUUAAGGCAUAGGUAUGCUAACCUGGCAACUUCACUGUGAAACCACCCUGAGAAGA